AUGACAAUAUUCCGCGAACCAUUCGGCGAAACGUUCCACAAAGUAAGAGCAGUCGAAUCGGGAACAAUCCGCACGUUUCGGUAUAUUACUGUCUAUGUAGUGUAAAAACUGUGGGAGAAGUUAGGGUGGUAAAUUUGGCUAUAAUAAGAAUAAUAAUAAUAUAUAUGUGAGAUAACAUUAAGUGGUCUUAACCCCUUAAGACCGGAGGGCAUACUAUUACGCCCUAUUCUAAGUGGCUCUAAAUGCCGCCGGGCGUAAUAGUACGCCCUCCGAUCUUUCUAUACUUACCUGGUCGCCGGCGGUCCCACGCCGGCGAUCGCAGUUGGGGGGACUCCCAGGGAUCCCCCCGCAGCACGUCCGACCCCCUGGAAGACCCCGGCCAUGUGAGAGUGAGGUCCUUGCGAGGACCUCACAAUCACAUGGCCGGGAUAGCUGGCUUCUGUAUUGCCAGCAGGGGGACUGCCUGUGAUGACAGGUGGUUCCCCUGCUGGCUGAAAAUAAGAUAAAUUAAAGUUAUAUAAGUGUAAAAAAAUAAUAAUAUAUACAUAUAUAUACAUAUAUAUUAAUAUUAAAUUACAGUCUUUUUUUGUAGCCACUUAGUCACAAACACUGGCCAAAAUUGGUGUUUUUUUGCAUUUUUCACACACAAACAAAUACUAACGCUAACUUUGGCCAGUGUUUGUGACCAAAUGGCUACUAAAAAAGACUGGACAUAGCCCAUUUGCAAUACCUUGGGUUGUCUACUAUUGCAAAUGGUAUGCCAUUAUGGGUGUAAAUUUCAUUCCUGGGCUACUGUAAAGUCCCAAAGGCAACGUAACCAAUCUGGUUAAUUUCAAUUUCAAAUGUAACGUGCUAUAUUUGACCCUGUAACUUCCCAAAACGCCAUAAAACCUGUGAAUAGGGGGUACUGUUUUACACGUGAGACUUUGCUGAAUACAAAUAUGUGUAUUUUAUUGCAGUAAAAGCAAACAGUAUUAUGACAUUGACCGUUAAAAUGUCAUGUAGAACUAAAAAAAAAAAAAAUCAAAAAAAUCUUAUUUUCUCCAAUUUUUUUCAUAUUAAAUUAUGUUUCAUAGCUAAAUAUUUGAUAUUAAAUGAAAGCCCUGUUUCCCCUGAAUAAAAUGAUAUAUAAUAAGGGUGGGUGUAUUUACUAUUAAAGAGGUGAAUUACAGUUGGACAGACAUGUAGCGCAAAUGCCAGGUUUUGUGUACAUUUUGUUUUGUUCACAACGUGUACAUUUGGUUCAGUCCUUAAGGGGUUAAUAAUAAUAAUAAUAAUAAUAAUAAUAAUAAUAAUAAUAAUAAUGAGUGUCUUCCCGCCCCUCCCCCAAGCUCUAUUCCUUCGCCCCCACGUCCGCGCGUGCACGCGGCGGCUCUCCAUCACUUCCGGGAGCGCGCUUGCUGCGGACUUGCUGACGUCACUUUCAGACGCGCGCACGCACCGCCCCCUCUGCGUCUGAGCGAGGAGCCGCCGGGAGACGUGACGGAGUCAAACCGGGAACGGCUGAGGUGAGGGGCCCCUAGGGGCCACAGCGGCCGCCCGCACCGUGUUAAACACAGAGAGAGAGGCUGGGUAUAGCUAUAUGUAUGGCAGUGUGUUACACAGAGAGAGGCUGGGUAUAGCUAUAUGUAUGGCAGUGUGUCACACAGAGACAGGCUGGGUAUAGCUAUAUGUAUGGCAGUGUGUCACACAGAGACAGGCUGGGUAUAGCUAUAUGUAUGGCAGUGUGUCACACAGAGACAGGCUGGGUAUAGCUAUAUGUAUGGCAGUGUGUUACACAGAGAGAGGCUGGGUAUAGCUAUAUGUAUGGCAGUGUGUUACACAGAGACAGGCUGGGUAUAGCUAUAUGUAUGGCAGUGUGUUACACAGAGAGAGGCUGGGUAUAGCUAUAUGUAUGGCAGUGUGUCACACAGAGAGAGGCUGGGUAUAGCUAUAUGUAUGGCAGUGUGUCACACAGAGAGAGGCUGGGUAUAGCUAUAUGUAUGGCAGUGUGUUACACAGAGAGAGGCUGGGUAUAGCUAUAUGUAUGGCAGUGUGUUACACAGAGAGAGAGGCUGGGUAUAGCUAUAUGUAUGGCAGUGUGUCACACAGAGAGAGGCUGGGUAUAGCUAUAUGUAUGGCAGUGUGUUACACAGAGACAGGCUGGGUAUAGCUAUAUGUAUGGCAGUGUGUUACACAGAGAGAGGCUGGGUAUAGCUAUAUGUAUGGCAGUGUGUCACACAGAGAGAGGCUGGGUAUAGCUAUAUGUAUGGCAGUGUGUUACACAGAGAGAGGCUGGGUAUAGCUAUAUGUAUGGCAGUGUGUCACACAGAGACAGGCUGGGUAUAGCUAUAUGUAUGGCAGUGUGUUACACAGAGAGAGGCUGGGUAUAGCUAUAUGUAUGGCAGUGUGUUACACAGAGAGAGGCUGGGUAUAGCUAUAUGUAUGGCAGUGUGUUACACAGAGAGAGGCUGGGUAUAGCUAUAUGUAUGGCAGUGUGUCACACAGAGAGAGGCUGGGUAUAGCUAUAUGUAUGGCAGUGUGUCACACAGAGAGAGGCUGGGUAUAGCUAUAUGUAUGGCAGUGUGUUACACAGAGAGAGGCUGGGUAUAGCUAUAUGUAUGGCAGUGUGUCACACAGAGAGAGGCUGGGUAUAGCUAUAUGUAUGGCAGUGUGUUACACAGAGAGAGGCUGGGUAUAGCUAUAUGUAUGGCAGUGUGUUACACAGAGAGAGGCUGGGUAUAGCUAUAUGUAUGGCAGUGUGUUACACAGAGAGAGGCUGGGUAUAGCUAUAUGUAUGGCAGUGUGUCACACAGAGAGAGGCUGGGUAUAGCUAUAUGUAUGGCAGUGUGUUACACAGAGAGAGGCUGGGUAUAGCUAUAUGUAUGGCAGUGUGUUACACAGAGACAGGCUGGGUAUAGCUAUAUGUAUGGCAGUGUGCUACACAGAGAGAGGCUGGGUAUAGCUAUAUGUAUGGCAGUGUGUCACACAGAGACAGGCUGGGUAUAGCUAUAUGUAUGGCAGUGUGUCACACAGAGAGAGGCUGGGUAUAGCUAUAUGUAUGGCAGUGUGCUACACAGAGACAGGCUGGGUAUAGCUAUAUGUAUGGCAGUGUGUCACACAGAGACAGGCUGGGUAUAGCUAUAUGUAUGGCAGUGUGUCACACAGAGACAGGCUGGGUAUAGCUAUAUGUAUGGCAGUGUGUCACACAGAGAGAGGCUGGGUAUAGCUAUAUGUAUGGCAGUGUGUUACACAGAGAGAGAGGCUGGGUAUAGCUAUAUGUAUGGCAGUGUGUUACACAGAGAGAGGCUGGGUAUAGCUAUAUGUAUGGCAGUGUGCUACACAGAGAGAGGCUGGGUAUAGCUAUAUGUAUGGCAGUGUGUUAUACCAAUUCCCUCAAAUACCAGAUCCCCUAAUAAUUAAUUAUUUUAGUUUUGGAAUAUUUUUGUAUUGUUUAAAUAAUUGUAAUUUUAGCAUUAAACGUUAGUGUUGAUUGUAAGGCUUCUUGUAGGAUUCUAAAGGCACACUUCCAUUGUUAUUGUAUUAUUGAAUAGAGCCUAAAAAAGUAGAUGAGAUAAACUACUGCCCUCUGAUUUCUCAGAGAUUGCUCGAUGACUGCUGCAAAUCCAGUGACCGGAAAACUGAGAAUACUUUAUAAAUGGAUCUUUAAAUACAAGGAACACUGAUGUGAGCUGUAGUGUUUUUGACAAGGCUUGACAAUUUUGCUUUGAAAAUGGGAGCCAGCUAAAAAAGUUAGGAGACAGGUUGUUUUUUUUUUUUUUUUUAAACUAAAGCUUUAUUUUCAAACAGCAAAAAUAUAUUUCCUUAAAGGGACACUAUAGUCACCCGAACCACUACAGCUUAAUGUAGUUGUUCUGGUGUCGGUUACAUGUCCCUGUUUUCUUUUCAAUGUAAACACUGACUUUUCAGAGACCACACCUUGAAUAUGCUGUGCAAUUUUGGGCACCUGUUCUAAAGGAUAUCAUGGCACUGAAAAAAGUGCAGAGACGAUCUACAAAAUUGAUAAAAAAAAAAAAAAGAAUGGAGCAUUUUAGUUACGAAGAAAGAUGAAAAAAUUUAAUUAUAUUUAGUUUGGAAAAACGGCGCCUGAGAGGGGAUAUGAUAACAUUAUCCAAAUAUAUUCGGGGCCAGUACAAACCAUUAUCUGGUAAUCUAUUCAUAAACAGGGCUAUUCAUAGUAAACGAGGUCACGCGUUUAGGCUGGAAGAAAGGAGAUUUAAUCUAAGGCAAAGAAAAGGUUUCCCUUACAGUAAGAGCAAUAAGGAUAUGGAAUUCUCUGCCUGAAGAGGUGGUUUUAUCAGAGUCCAUACAGAUGUUUAAACAGCAAUUGGGUAAAUACUUCCAAAAAAAUAACAUACAGGGAUAUAAUGUCUAAUUAGUGGGGUAAUUGCUGCUUGAUCCAAGGAGACAUCUGACUGCUAUUUUGGGGUCAAGAAGGAAUUUUUUCCUAGUUUAUUGCAAAAUUGGAAGGGCUUCUGACCAGGUUUUUUGCAUUCUUUUGUAUCAACAGCAAAAACAUACGUGAGGAAGGCUGAACUUAAUGGAUGCAAAUCUCUUUUGAGCCAUGUAACUAUGUAACUCCAAGCACUAUAACCAUUCCGGAUACCAGAGUACCCUGAUGCCUCGUUGAUGUAAGUUGUCUGCAGCCGGUACAUCUCUUCACUGAGCUAAAACACUAAGCUUUGGCGCAGGGCUUGGCUCAUUGGCUGUGAGUGAUCAGCUGAUUCUCUUCUGCAAGUGAGCUGGCCCUGCACUGCGGUGCUUAGCUCAGUAGAGGUAAGCACUGUAGUGGUUAUGGUGCUUGGAAGGUAAUGUUAAAUGAAAAUGCAUUCACCUGCAACAUUAUUGCUACACGGUUACAUUAGUAAAUAUAUUAGCAUGGAAUUUUAUAUAUUUUUGUGGGAUUACCGAUGAGAAAUUUGUAUGCUUAUUAUGUUAUAAUUUGUACACACCAAUAUAUGCUUCUACAAUGUACAGUUGGAACGAAGCAUUCUGAGGCUUAGAAUGGAAGGUAUCUUUUUAAUGAAAAAAUCUUUCUGAAUGGGUUUCCUCAAAAUGCAUCUGGCAUCCUUUCUACACCGUUGAUGGUCACUGCCCUAACUUUGUCAGUUUACCGGUACAUUUUUCUAUAUAAUCCAGGUCUGAUUUAUAAAAAUGUCUGACCUGUUCGUUAAUCAAUUACAUGUGCUUGCCUGCUGGACUGAGCUCUGUAAUUGAGUUUAAAGGAAAUCAAGGCUUUUGCUGUGGGACACAGAUUUGUUUUUAGGACCCCCAGUGUUUUUACACUGAAUAAUUUCUCCCAUUUCUUUCCCACCGAAGGUAACUGGCGAUGGCAAUAAUGAGCUCAUUUGUUGUAAUGAUAGCAAUAUUUCACUUGCUGUUUCGAAAUUUCUUGCCAGAAUCAGUCGGUGAAUAAGCUCUGGCAUCCAGGAAUACAAAAUAUCUCUUUAUCUUUUUCCGUAGAUUUGUAGCUGAUUGUUGA